UUCCCUGUCUAUAUAAUUUCCGCAUCGCCUGCUGCAUUUCCUUUCUUCUUCCUCGUGGCACCCACCCUUUCUUGGCUUUUCUUCUUCCAGAGGAUUUCUUGAGGCGUUCUUUUUGAAGCUGUGGUUUUUUGAGAAGAUGAAUCAUUGCAAUCUUCAGCAGAACGCCGCUGUUUCGGCCUAUGAGGAGAUGCUAGGGUUGAUCUCUAUCUCUGAUCAUCAGAAGGGAGGCUCCGUUGUUUGCCCUAAGCCUCGGCGAAUCGGGGUUCUUGCCAAUAACCCUAUCGGGCCCUUGAGAUUGCAUAUGAGUCAUCAAGCUGAAGUAAGCGAUUCGAAAGCCGGUGCUGAGCUUUUAGAUAUCAUCCUCAAGAAGGAGGAUUUCGGGACAGAACAAUCUGCAACCCAGGUAGCAUCAUCACCUCCAUUUUUUUGUGGGUCGCCUCCAAGCAGGGCUGCUAACCCGCUUGUGCAAGAUGCCCGAUUUGGUGAGGAAAGACUUGCAGCCCUUUCAACAUUGCAAAUCCCAUCCCCAUCGUCUCAAUCACCAUCAGCACGCAAAGGAGGGUGUGUUAGGAUGAAGUUUGGCCUUAAACCGGCCGCCGUUAGAGUAGAAGGAUUUGAUUGCCUUAACAGGGAUCUUCAGAAUUCCAGCAUCCCUGCUAUGGCUUAGAACUUAAUUAAAAUCAAAGUGUACAUAGAAGGAAGCUAAAUGCCACCACCAUUUCAGAAAACAAAGCAGGAUUAACAAGGAGGGAAUUUUGGAUAUUUUUGGAGAAGAGUGAGAGAGAGAGAUAAUUGCUGUUUAGUAGUGUAUAUAUGAUGUGUUUUUUGGUCAGGUAAUCUAUUCGAUUGAUAAUAGCGCUGUAAGUAGUUUGAUUGAAGGGAAAGACAAGUUUAGAUCAAACCUUGUGUUGUGAAGAAAGGUUUGAUUAUGCUGGGUUGAGCAAGGCUCAUUUUGUAAUAUAUAUAAGAUUUGGUUAGUAUGGGGGAGGGUCUGAUUGAUAUUUGUUUUUAAAGAUCACCAUGGAAAAAAAAAAUGAAAUUCUGUAUAGAUCCUGUUGGUGAUUGAAUUUUGCUCAUUUAUAUAUUAUUACUCUGUAAAUGUAUUCUGGGUAAUUGUCAAAUUUCCUUGUUCUUAUAAAUAUCAUAUUUAUGUUUGUCAUC